CCGCGGUUGACAGCGGCGGGGGCUCGGACCCCGGCUGCGCCGCCGCGCCCUCCCCGCCCGUCCGCUUCCCCGCGCGGCGGCGCCAUGGCGGCCUCGAUGGGCCGGCGUGGAUCAGAGACAGAGCGGCUCUUGACACCCAAUCCUGGGUAUGGAACUCAUGUGGGGGCUUCCCCAGUCCCUUCCACCUCCCCAGAAGAGGAAGACCUCCGUCGCCGGCUCAAGUACUUUUUCAUGAGUCCCUGUGACAAGUUCCGGGCCAAGGGCCGUAAGCCAUGCAAGCUGGUGCUACAGGUGGUGAAGAUCCUAGUGGUCACUGUCCAGCUCAUCCUGUUUGGGCUCAGUAACCAGCUGGUGGUGACAUUCAGGGAAGAGAACACCAUUGCUUUCCGACAUCUCUUCCUGCUCGGCUACUCAGAUGGGGUGGACGACACCUUCGCGGCAUAUACGCGGGAGCAGCUCUACCAGGCCAUCUUCCAUGCGGUGGACCAGUACCUGAUGCUGCCCGAGGUGUCACUGGGCAGGUAUGCCUAUGUCCGGGAUGGGGGUGGCCCCGGGACCAAUGGCUCAGCGCUGGCUCUGUGCCAACGAUAUUACCACCGUGGCCACGUGGAUCCUGCCAACGAUACCUUUGACAUUGACCCAAUGGUGGUCACUGACUGCAUCCAGGUGGAUCCCCCUGAGAGACCCCCUGAUGCCCCCAGUGACGAUGUGGCCCUCUUGGACGUCAGCUCCAGUUACAGGAACCUCACGCUCAAAUUCCACAAGCUGAUCAACGUCACCAUCUACUUCCAGCUGAAGACCAUCAACCUGCAGAGCCUCAUUAAUAAUGAGAUCCCCGACUGCUACACCUUCAGUGUCCUGAUCACGUUUGACAACAAGGCUCACAGUGGACGCAUCCCCAUCCGGCUAGAGACCCAGGCCCACAUCCAGGAAUGCAAGCACCCCAGUGUCUCCAGUCAUGGUGACAACAGCUUCCAGCUCCUGUUUGACGUCGUGGUCAUCCUCACUUGCUCGCUGUCCUUCCUGCUGUGCGCCCGCUCGCUGCUGCGUGGCUUCCUGCUGCAGAAUGAGUUUGUGAGGUUCAUGUGGCGGCAGCGGGGACGGGAGAUCAGCCUGUGGGAGCGGCUGGAGUUCGUCAAUGGCUGGUACAUCUUACUGGUCACCAGUGAUGUGCUCACUGUCUCUGGCACUAUCAUGAAGAUUGGCAUCGAGGCCAAGAACCUGGCAAGCUACGAUGUGUGUAGCAUUCUUCUGGGCACCUCCACGCUGCUAGUCUGGGUCGGUGUCAUCCGCUACCUGACUUUCUUCCACAAGUACAACAUUCUCAUUGCUACACUGCGGGUGGCACUGCCCAGCGUCAUGCGUUUCUGCUGCUGUGUGGCUGUUAUCUACCUUGGCUACUGCUUCUGCGGCUGGAUCGUGCUGGGGCCCUACCACGUGAAGUUCCGCUCGCUGUCCAUGGUGUCCGAGUGCCUGUUCUCGCUCAUCAACGGGGAUGACAUGUUCGUAACAUUCGCCGCCAUGCAGGCUCAGCAGGGCCGCAGCAGCCUGGUGUGGCUCUUUUCCCAGCUCUACCUCUACUCCUUUAUCAGCCUCUUCAUCUACAUGGUGCUCAGCCUCUUCAUUGCGCUCAUCACCGGGGCCUAUGACACCAUUAAGCACCCUGGCGCAGGCGCAGAGAAGAGCGAGCUCCAGGCCUACAUUGCACAGUGCCAGGACAGCCCCACCUCUGGCAAGUUCCGCCGCGGGAGCGGCUCGGCCUGCAGCCUGCUCUGCUGCUGCGCAAGGGACGCCCCGGAGGACCACUCGCUGCUUGUGAAUUGAGGACGGCUAUGGACCUUAUCCUGCGGACUGCUGGGAGCCCCCAGCUUAUUUAUUUUCAAGAAUUUGCUUUUAAGGAUCAGCUCGCUGCCCCCCGCCCCGAGAGCGCUGGGGCUGAUCCGGACGGACACUAGGGAGGGGAGGGAA